CACCCAUUAGGAAUUUAAAAAUAUACAUGUCCUUUUAGAGGUUUCGCUUUUAAGUUAGCCUUAUGUUUGGGAUUAAUCUUACAACGAUAGCACUGACGGUGUUCGGGCUAUAUAUGCUAAACUCUGUUUACGUGGUCUACAAUUUAUUCUAUGUGCCCAGCUGUCGGGGAAACUCAAGGGAGUGUUUGCACCCGCACUCUAUCUUAGGUCAAAAUUUGGAGCUUGCAUUGUACACCUCCACACAGCCGAACGCCAGGAGCAUCGACAGUUUAGAGCUUUUGUGGAAAAAGAGUAAUUUUGAUAUAUUUGAAUCGUUUACUGAAAUUUUAAAUGCAAGUAUACCAAGAUGCACUAGAAACAACGGCUCGCUGUACAUCACUGUGUAUGUGUACCCAGUUGGUCAGACACCAUUUCGUAAUAAUUAUAUGACAUCAUAUGCAUCAUCUGCGUUAACAACAUAUGCAGUCCCAAAGGAUGAAGUCGUCAAUCUUUUGUCAGGAGGAAAAAAGAGUCAACCUAUAAAAGAUGAUCUGCCUGUCUCUCACUGGAGGCCAACACUAAAUUUUCAUGUAAUGUCAGAGAAAGUUGCAUUUAAUAGAUAUGCAAUUCCAGGAGAAAUAUUCUCUUUACUCAGAGUGACAGAGAAUGAGCAGUACCUUCCAAUAGUCUACAUAGAUGAGCUACAGGUAGUCUACAGACAUAUCCAGCCUCUAAACAAGACUUCUCGUCAGAUGCCUCUUAAUCUCAAGUACUCUCCAAUAUCUCUUGGUAAAUUGCGCAUAUGGUCUGCUGUACAUCAGUCCAUGGGAAUGAUGAAAAAUUUAGGCUUCAAAGACAAGGAUCUGGACGAGAUAAGGGGGUUAUUCACAGACACCAAUUUGUACUUACUUGGGCUGACAUUUCUUAUUUCAAUAUUUCAUCUUUUGUUCGAUUUCUUGGCAUUCAAAAAUGAUGUCAACUUUUGGCAGAAUGCUGAUUCUAUGGUUGGUCUCUCAUCUCGGACAGUCAUAUGGCGCUGUGUUUGCAGUAUCAUCAUCUUUCUUUAUCUGAUGGACGAAAAGGCCAGUCUGCUUGUUCUUUUUCCACAAGGGAUAGGCUCUAUCAUAGAGAUGUGGAAGCUUACUAAAGCUUUGAAGGUGACAAUCAUCUGGAGGGGAGCCAAACCCACAUGGAAGUUUGGCGAAAGAUCAACCCAAGAAAAACAGACGGAUGAAUUCGAUGGCGAGGCCCUGUAUUACCUUAAAUACGUCAUGUAUCCCCUGGUCGUUGCAAGCGCUGUUUAUUCUCUUCUGUAUCAUCCACAAAAAAGCUGGUAUUCAUGGACUAUCAACAGCCUGGUGAACGGAAUCUACGUACUAGGGUUUCUCUUUAUGAUGCCUCAGCUCUUUGUUAACUACCGGCUGAAGUCAGUCGCCCAUUUGCCCUGGAGAGCGUUUAUGUACAAGGCGUUCAACACAUUUAUCGACGACGUAUUCGCAUUCAUCAUUACCAUGCCUACGGCGCAUCGACUGGCGUGUUUUCGCGAUGACUUCAUCUUUGUCAUAUAUCUUUAUCAACGAUGGCUUUAUCCUGUCGACAUGGCUAGAGUCAAUGAGUUCGGUGUGUCGUAUGCCGAGGAAAAGCAAAAACAAGACAAGCUUCAUGCAGAUUAAAUAGGAAAAAGAAUUACAGCAACAAGGUUCAUUUACCCCCCCCCCCCCAGUUCCUUUACUUUUCGCGGCCCCUAAUUCAGUCUUAAAAGCUAGCAAAAACUGCGCCAUCAUUGACUUGACAGAACGGAUCUCAAUUUUUCAUGUCAUAGAGUAAAGGUCAAAUAAACAUCA